AUGACUAGGAAUGAUUAUGAGCCAUUGACCACGAAAAUUAGGAAUCGCCUGCUCUCAUGGACUAGUAAAGCUCUCUCGUAUGCUGGCCGGCUUCUGCUCAUCAAGUCAGUCAUAGCCAGCAUCACUAACUUCUGGUGUGCUGCUUUCUGCUUGCCGCAAGCAUGUAUCGACGAGAUUGAAAGCAUGUGCUCUGCUUUCUUAUGGAGUGGAUCUCCAAAUAUUACAUCUAGGGCAAAGAUCGCAUGGGAGGAGGUGUGCUGUCCUCGGGAGGAAGGAGGUCUUGGCAUUAGGAGAGUGAAAGAUGUUAGCACAGUACGUUAUUUGCUUCAAGAUGCAGUACUAUGGGAUGUUAAGGACACAGGGCUGGGAUCAUGGGCUUGGCGCAAGCUCCUGAGAAUUCGCAAUAUAGCAAAUUCUUUCGUACGUUGGGAUAUUAGAGAUGGUAACACGGUGAGGUUUUGGACUGAUUUGUGGCAUCCAAGUGGAAGGCUUAUUGAUAUUGCUGAGGAAUCUGGUACUCAAAAGAUGGGCAUUGGUCGUGAUAGGAGGAUCUUGGACCUUCUUGUCAGUGGGGCAUGGAGGUUCAGAAGGUGUCGGGAUCAACAUCUUCAAAGUAUGAUCCAUGAUGUUAUCGGAUUUCCCAUUACUCUAUCCAGCGGGCAUGACACUGUACUUUGGAAGCGUGGCGAUGAUGAGUUUGGCCACCGUACAAGCCAAUGGGGUCAACCGCAGAGAUGUCUUUACUGUGGUGAGCCAGAUGAGACGAGAGACCAUCUCGUCUUUGCUUGCCCAUUUACUUUUACUCUUUUGCUGAAGGUUGUUGGUAAUCUGUUUGGUAUCGACCCCCACCCGGACUGGGACACCACGCUUGAGCGUCUGCAGAAUGGAACGUAUGACCGGCUCACGUUCAUUCUCAUGAGGCUUGCGUUUCAGGUUUCCUUUUACUUCAUCUGGAUAGAGCGAAAUGAUAGGAAGCACAAUAACCGAGCAAAGUCUGUGGAGCAACUAGCAAAGUUGAUUGAUAAGGCUGUCCGGAACAGGUUAUCAUCUACCCAUUAUUUCUUCAAACCGAAGCUGAAAGGAAUUAUGUGCAGAUGUUUUGAAGCUCAUUUCCACCACGAGUGA